CAUAGGCCCCUUAGUUUCAAUAUAAAAGUACCCAUUUUAUCCCAACUCAUGUAUUGAUCGAAGGAGCAAACGGUGCAUCCCUUUCUUUUCGGUUUCAUCUGUAAGGCGUGGCUCCUUCUUGAUUUGUGUUGAAGGGCUUGUGUAUAUUUUGCCUCAAGUGGAACAAGACGUGAAAAGUAUGCUUUAGAGUUGUUUGAUGUUAGAGAGAUGCGAUGAUAUGGUCAAAAGAGACAGCUUCCAAACCCAGUGAUAUAAAGUCAUCACAUCAUAGUCUUCAAAAUCAAAAGCACCAAGUUCCCAUGCAGUUAAAUUCUAGCUCUAAAAAUUCACUGAAGAGGAAAUGUAAGCAAUACAUAAAUGAUGGAAAAUUUGAUACUAGUUCUGAACUUAUCGGUAAAAAGAAACAUGCUAUUGAUAAUGUCAAAGAUCAAAAAAGAAAAUCAUAUUCCCAUGCUCAAAAUGAUCGGGUAGAAUUUUGUGCUAUUUCUAGACAAGACUAUUCUCACUUAGGUGAUGCUGAAGAUUCUGCGAAGCUACCAAAUUAUCUUAUGAAAGAAGAGAGCUUUUAUACUCAUGCUAGAGAUUUAAUGGAUAAUAAUUAUUCGUAUGGUAUCGCGGCAUCAAUCAAAGAGAAAUUAAAAGAAGAAGACAUGGAAUUCGCUGACGCUCGGAGGAAAUUUUUACCUUCUAGGAGUAGCCAUCUUCCAAGACCAUUUAUUCCUAUUGGACCUAGGUUUCAAGCCGAAGUUCCUAAAUGGGAGGCCUCGACCAUAUAUAAUAGUGAUGAUUGUUUGAAGUGGUUAGGCACCCAAAUUUGGCCAAUGCCUUCUUUAUCUGGAAAUAAUGCAAAAGAUAUUGAAAAAGACAGGCCCGAUUCAAGCUCGUGUGAGAACCUUGAAUCAGUUGACUGUGUUAAAGAACAUUAUGAAGCUAGAGAGUGCUUAAAAUCAAAGGUUAACGACACUUUCACAAGUUGGAAGAUCGAUAACGAGAAAGAUGAUGUUUCAAAAUCAUGGACUAUAGAAGAUGAGAAGAAAUUUGAAUUUCUUAUAAAAUUGAAUCUACCAUCAAGUGACACGAAAUUUUGGAAGCUCGCUAUGGAGUACUUUCCAUCCAAAUCUAUCGAGUGCAUGAUGAAGUACUAUUAUGAUGUAUACAUCCCUAGAUGCAUGAGUAUAGAAGAGAAGAUUUGUCUUUGACGCAGUUGAUGGUGGACCAAUAUGAUAAUUAUGAGAUUGAAGGUGCGUGUUCAACUAAAGGUAUGACUAAGAUUUCAUUACGCCAAAAUUUUAAAAUUGCAAUGUUGAAGAUGUUAGGAGCUUGAUAUCUAUCAUUUAGAAGCUAUCGUCCUUGAAUGUGCUAUAGAUUCUUAAAACCUAUGUAAUAUUUAAAAAGUUUGACGUGUCAUUGUCUUACAAGUCGGUUUUAUAUGAUUGAGUUAGAUCAGAUUUAUUCUUCUAAUAUGCUAUUAUAGCUUAUCUUAGAUCUUUUGUUGGAUUUUUUGCAUUGUGCACACCUUCUGACUCAUUUAGGCCUGAGUGUUACAAGAUGUGUUGGGAAUUAUAUCUCCAUUGCAGUUUGACCCUAGUCGUCUAUUUGCGACUUCUGAA